UCGCCUUUUUCCCGGGCCUCGCCCCCCCAAAGCCCCUCCAGAAGAGGGAACUUUUUCUCCGAGGGGGCUCCAAGGAGAAGGCCAUGAAUUACGAAUUUGAGCGAGAGAUUGGUUUUAUCAAUAGCCAGCCGUCGCUCGCUGAGUGCCUGACAUCUUUUCCCCCUGUCGCUGAUACAUUUCAAAGUUCAUCAAUCAAGACCUCGACGCUUUCACACUCGACACUGAUUCCUCCUCCUUUUGAGCAGACCAUUCCCAGCCUGAACCCGGGCAGUCACCCUCGCCACGGCGCUGGCGGCCGCCCCAAGCCGAGCCCCGCGGGCAGCCGCGGCAGCCCAGGGCCCGCCGGCGCCCCGCAGCCGCCCGAGUACCCCUGGAUGAAGGAGAAGAAGGCGGCCAAGAAAACCGCGCUGCCGCCCGCCUCGGCCACCGCCGCCGCCGCCGCCGCCGCCGCCGCCGGCCCUGCCUGCCUCGGCCACAAAGAGUCGGCGGACCUCGCCGAGGGCAGCGCAGGGGGCUCGCGGCGCCUGCGGACGGCCUACACCAACACGCAGCUCCUGGAGCUGGAGAAGGAGUUCCACUUCAACAAGUACCUCUGCCGCCCCCGCCGCGUGGAGAUCGCCGCGCUGCUGGACCUGACCGAGAGGCAAGUCAAGGUGUGGUUCCAGAACCGCAGGAUGAAGCACAAGAGGCAGACCCAGUGCAAGGAGAACCAGAACGGCGAGGGGAAAUUCAAGGGCCUGGAGGACCCGGAGAAGGUGGAGGAGGACGAGGAGGAGAAGUCGCUCUUGGAGCAAGCCCUGGGCGUCCCGGGGGCCCUGCUGGAGCGGGAAGGCUACACCUUCCAGCAGAACGCCCUCUCCCAGCAGCAGGCUCCCAACGGACACAAUGGCGACUCCCAAAGCUUCCCCGUGUCGCCUCUAGCCAGCAAUGAGAAAAAUCUGAAACAUUUCCAGCACCAGUCACCCACUGUUCCUAACUGCCUGUCAACAAUGGGCCAGAACUGCGGCUCGGGCCUGAACAAUGACAGUCCCGAGGCCCUCGAGGUCCCCUCUUUGCAGGACUUUAACGUCUUCUCCACAGAUUCCUGCCUGCAGCUUUCAGAUGCAGUCUCGCCCAGUUUGCCCGGCUCCCUCGACAGCCCUGUAGAUAUUUCGGCUGACAGCUUUGACUUUUUUACAGACACACUCACCACAAUUGACUUGCAGCAUCUGAAUUACUGAAAACAUUAAAGCAAAAAAACAAAGCAUCACAAAACAAAAACCCCUUUGACCAGGUGGUUUGGCCUUCUUUUAUUCUGAGAGUUGAUUUUUUUUUAUUUUUCUUCCUUGACCCUACCCCUCUUCCUCCUCUAAAUGUUGAAGAUGUUCUGUUUAGUGAGUCCCUGACCCAGUUUCAGAGGUGUCUUUUACAGGUUAUGUUGGAGUUUUACUUGCUUUAAAUCUAAUCCAACAACCCCCUAUGUGAUUUACUGAAAGCAAUAUAUGAGGCCUGCAAGAAAGUGAUCAUACAAUUGUAUCACUUUCUUUUUAUUUUUGUAUUACAUUAGGAUGCAUUGUCAUGCGUAUUUUUGGUAGAAUAAAUUUUCCUUUGCUAUAAGCAGCUUUCUUAUUUUUUUCUCCCCCUCUUUCUCAAAGCUCCUAAUGGUUUCUUUUUCUUCUUUUAGUCUAA